GGCCAAUCCUGUCAUGUUUAAAAACACCAUCUCAAAUCCCAUGACAGAACCUUUUAGCUGGGUACGAUAUCAUAACAACAACCCGAAGAUUCCAUUAAAUAUCGCAAGCAUGAUUAUUCAAAGCCACAAUGGAAGAGAGGACCAAAAUAGACAAAGCUAUGCCAUUGAAACGCACCACAGAGUGAAAAGAGGUUUUCGGUCUGCUGUUGCUGAUAGAAUAGCGCAUGGGUUUGGUAAGAGAGGAUCAAUUCUAGACGUGGGUGUCAACAGGCUUCCACAGGUACAGAGGCUACUAAAUCUUAAAUCCCUGGACGCAGAGGACGACGAGGAUGAUAUUGGACUACUUUUCCAUUUGUACCGGAUGUACAAACGAAACAUUCAUCCAGCAUUGAAUGCCGAGUCCACAUUUAACAGCGCACAUGGACUAGAAAAUGAUUCGUUUCGACGACUUAUUCAAAGACUGUUAUCAGCCGCAAAAGACGAGCAGUUCAGCGAGCUGCGUGGCGGUCCAUAUGCAUAGAGAAAGCAAAGGACACGUGUUUACUUGAAUCAAACUGAAUACCUUUUCAAGAUGCGAGACAUAUUCAAAGAAGUGCUAAGUGAGCGUAAUAGUGCUUGACCCUUAUUUGAAAAUAACAGAACAAUGUAUAACAACACAGCAAUUCGGAGAGCACGAGUGUGUUGCCUAUAGUAACAAA